GUUUCUGCAACUCGAAAGCUAAACUGAACACAGAAAUGGCUGAACCGGUCGUUGUUCCUGCACGUAGUAAACAUACGGCAACUAUUAUAUUUCUUCACGGUCUCGGUGACACUGGUCAUGGCUGGUCUUCAGUUUUUGCGGAUGAAAUACGGCAUGAUCAUAUCAAAUAUAUCUGUCCGCAUGCCCCAACAAGAGCUGUUACAUUAAAUUUUGGCAUGCAAAUGCCAGCAUGGUAUGAUUUGUAUGGGCUAACACCGGAUGCAGAAGAAGAUGAAGAAGGCAUUGAUGAAUCAACAAUGAUCUUACAUUCCAUGAUAGAUGCUGAAAUUGAAUCCGGCAUUCCAUCAGAGCGUAUAAUGGUAGGAGGCUUUUCAAUGGGUGGUGCAUUAGCACUGUACGCUGGACUGAUAUAUGAUAAACCACUUGCUGGAAUAAUUGGUCUCAGUUCAUUUUUGGUACAGCGGAAAAAAUUGCCUGGGAAUCAUACAGCUAAUAAAGGUGUGCAGAUAUUCAUGGGCCAUGGUGGUCAAGAUUUCUUAGUACCUCUUUCCUUUGGCCAGAUGACAGAAGCAUACAUCAAAACUUUUAAUCCGAAUAUAUGUAUGAAAGUAUACCCAAGAAUGGCGCAUAGUAGUUGUUCCGAGGAGCUUGUUGAUGCUAAGGAAUUCAUUGCACAACGGUUACCACCGAUAUAG